AUGCUCGAACCCGAGCCAUAUCCCCGUGGACACUCUCCACAACGACGGACCUUACGACCCCAUAGUUUGAUACCUGACUUGGACGUCCCGCCGCUGAUUCCACACUGGUUCCAUGCGAUUGACAAUGCCCUUGUUGAUCCUGUCUCAAUGCGUACUGCCAAAGAAGCUGCAAUGAGCAGACGACAACCUAAAAGUCCUUCGGCCCCCAAAAGUAAAUCAACGGCUUGGGUUCCAUUUUCAAAACGGGAUUCCAUUGCUCUCGAAAAAGCAUUCCAGAACAAUGAUGUGAGAGCAAAGGUUCCUGUCAAUGAAGACUAUUUAUUUGAAGUGGAUGUGUCCGAAAGAACCAUUUAUCCCGUAUACUGGGAAGGACCAACGUUUGAAGUAAGACGGGCUACUUGGUUUAUGCAAGCAGACGGUUCAAAGUGGGUGCCUUGUGAAGAGACUCUGGCCGAGCAAAUUGAACUUGGCUAUUACAAACACAAGCCGUAUGUAGUAGAUCCAGUGGAUGAAGGGAAUUACCAAGGCAACACACUAGCCCCCAAGACCCUUACCAAAAAGCCAUCAUUUUCGGCACCAAAAAUAGACGAGGCUUCUAAUUCCGCAACAGAAGAGGGAAAGCUAGAGGCAACGUUGGCUAAGCAAUUAUCUGAAAGGCAAUGGAAUCUUUUAGGCCCUUAUUUGGGCCAGUAUAUCGUUUACACUGGUCCUUCCGCAGCAUGGCUCCUUUCGAAUAGCACUAGUAGCAAAUUUGCCAAGAGUAUCAUAACUCGCCUCACAAAUAAGCAGAAUCUUGGUGGCACCCGUGUUCUACGCGGCUAUCCUGAAAUAGAAAAGCAGCAAAAGAACAAAGCUCCUGUCGCUCCUGUCGCUCCAAAGGCAGACAACGACAGGAAGAAUUCCGAUACAAAGCAAAAAGAAGACGGGGACUCAAAAGAAGGCCCGGAGGAAGAUACGGGACUUAGUCAGGAAGCCGAAGAGUAUGUGAGCAUGGAGAGCGAAGAAGAAGUACGGAAGAUUGAUCACAUAGUGUUUGUUAUUCAUGGCAUUGGUCAGAAAAUGUCAGAGAAAACCGGCCAUAGUUUUGUAAAUGAUGUCAGUACGCUUCGAAAGACAAUGCGAUCAGUCUACCCUACAGUUAUGGCCAGUACAAAGACACCAAACCAUCCUAAUGGUAUCCAAGUAUUACCUGUAUUGUGGAGACAAGACAUCAGGUUCGGUAUAGCUUCUGAUAAUGAAGGCGGUGAAGCCGAUCUUGGAAUGCUUGAACCCGACGACGGCUGUCCUACCUUGGACGAACUGACAUUGGAUGGAGUGCCUAAUAUUCGGAAUAUCGUUUCGGACGUGCUUAUGGAUAUUCCUCUUUACAUGACUCCUCGUUACAGAGAACAAAUGACACAAACUAUUGCCAAAGAAAUCAACAGAGUUUACAAGUUAUUUGUACAGCGCAACCCAGACUUUUUGGACGGUGGCAGAGUGUCAAUAUAUGGGCAUUCAUUAGGAUCUCUGCUUGCAUUUGAUAUGCUCACUAUGCAACCAAUGUCUGUACAAGAGACCAAUUCAGCUUCCUUAAAGCCUACAGAAUCUGCAGCUGUUGUUGACAAGAAAAAAGUACAACUAAAAUUCCCAGUCCAAAACUUCUUUGCUGUUGGUUCACCUCUGGCUGUCAUUUUAUUGCUGAGAGGCUUCAAAAUUGGUUCCCGCAAGUCACUCAGCAACACACAAAACUACUCUUCCUACGCCGACAUCUCAUCCAUACCAUCCUCUCAUAUAUCGCAUUGCUACCCUGCCAUAGACAACCUUUAUAACAUCUUUCACAAAAGUGAUCCAGUUGCUUACCGACUAGAACCUCUUAUAGCACGUCACUAUAGCUCAAAGCUCAAGCCAGAGCCUAUCCCAUACCUCAAAGGAGGACUAAGGAGCAUGAUCGACGCUGGAUUGAAUGUUGGCUCGGGUAUUGCUAAUCGCGCGGGCGCAAUGUACGAAUCGUUGAAGAUGGGAAUCACAACCAAUCUGUUUAUGCGUGGACUUGGUCUAUCACGACAACAAAUCUACCAAGAUCGCCAUCCAUCUUCAGAUAAUGAAGACGAGCUAUCUACGCGCGAAAAUCCGACCAAGAGUCCUCCAAAUGGACUCUACCGCACACGCUCCAACAGUGAUCCGGCCUGCGCAACUUCCAUGGCUCUCAAGAGCAAAAUACGUAAACCUCCACCAAGUCCGUUACCGAGCUCUGCAUCACCAUAUUCUGUGGGAGCCCGAAAGCUGAAGAUGUUAAAUUCAAGUGGGAGAGUAGAUUACUGUUUACAGGAAGGCCUGUUAGAAAACCCUUACAUCAAUGCAUUUAGUGCCCAUUUACAGUACUGGCAGGAUCUGGAUGUCGCGGCAUUUAUGGUGAGGGAGAUCUACAGGAACCAAUUGGGUGGAUAA